AUGGGGAAGCUGGCACAUUCUGCCGAUAGACGUGCCUCCAGACUUGAGGUCACCAUUCCUGGCAUGAUCGAGAGGGCCCUUGCCGAUGUUGUGGCACCUCUGAGGUCUACUAUUGAUGCCCUUGUGGCAAAGUUAGCGGUGUGCGAGUGUAGCCAAGGGGCUACUGAGGAGGUGACGGCUCUAAAGGCCUCUAUGACUGCGCCGAGGAGAGAUGUAGACCAACUAAAGUCCAUUGACAUGUCAAUGAUAUUUGGGACAAUGGAGAUCUCGGAUAUGUCAGUUGAUCCAAAUAUGCAUUUGGCUACCACCGGAGAUGAGGUUCGAGUUGCGGAGGUAAUUGCCACCGUGUCUGAUGUUGAGACUGAUGAGGAGCUGCUUAGUGUUGUUGAGGAGGCUUCUUAUAAGGGCCUUACGGAGGUUGAGGAAGCCAUAAUAGAUGCAGCCGUAUAG